AUGAGGAAUAGGGCUACUACGGCGUUGAAAUACCCGAAAAUUCGACAAUCAUGGAGCAAAUGGAACUUGUAUAACCUCCAACGCCUCAGGGAGCGCGGAGUCAAGCGCCAAACAUUCUUCCAACAGAAAUGGUCGGCCAAGUCCAUGACCCGUGCCUACCACGGCGAGCAAGUCCGCGAGAGUCAAUGGGAGCGCAUGUUCAACCGCCGCGUCCGCAGUGUCAUCCCCAUGAACCCCCGCCGAAUGGCAGCCGAUGACGGAUCAGCGACCGCUGCUGGUCGUGGAGCAGGGCUUGAGCCUACGGAGGGCGAGCGCAGCACUGUCCAGGAGACGCCAUAUACGUCCAUGACAUAUGCUCCGUUGGAGCGUCGGCUGGAUGUGGCUAUCUUCCGGGCGCUGUUUGCGAGCAGUACGAGACAGGCGAGGCAAUUCGUUGUGCAUGGGGCUGUGACGGUUAAUGGGAAGAAGAUGCGACACCCCGGCUACCUCCUGAACCCCGGUGAUAUGUUCCAGGUUGACCCUGAGCGUGUCAUGUUCGCGACCGGUGCACCGAAGAACAAGUACGACCGUCGCGAGGCUCGCCUCGAGAAGAAACUCGCUGCAAAGGCCGAGGCCGAAGCUGCCGAGAAGGCUGCAGAGGAAGCCGCAGAGGAGGCAAAGGAGAACGAGGCGACCCCCGAAUCCGAAACCAAGGAAGCCGAGCCCCUCGACACCCGCAAGACGCUGCAACAGAUGAUCUCUCAUGCCAAGAACAUUAUGUCGGACAACAAGACAGUUAUGGCGGGCAAGCGCAAGCAGGAACUGCGCGGUUUCCAAAAGGCUGUCCGUCGUGUCAUGUCGCGAUCCAGCAUCACCGAAACACAAGCCGGCAACCUUGAGGCUCAGUUUUCUGAAAUCUUGAACCUUCUCAACGCCAAGCAGGCCUCGAGGAGGGACGCACAGGACAAGAAGGCGACAGAGGAUGAUGCGAAGGCCGCAUCCGAGUCCAAGGACACUGAGGGUCCCGAAACCACAGAAACCAAGGCCGCCGAAGUCGAAGCUACCAAGGAUGCUGAAGCUAGCGAACUUGCCGAAGCCACCGAGGGUGCCGCAGCUGCUGCCAACGAAGACAAGCCCACAGACGCCCUCACAGAAGCCUUCCGCCAGGCUACAUUAAACCCAGACGAGAAGGUGGACGUAUCAGAGCUGACGUGGACUGAAAUCGACGUGCUCAAGCGCGCCCUCGUCCAGAUGCGUGACAACCCCGUUGACAGCUCCAAGCCUUACGCUACCCCCUGGAGACCCCGCGACUAUAUGAACGCCUUUGCGUUUAUUCCGCGGUACCUGGAGGUCAAUCAGAACAUCUGCGCGGCCGUCUAUGUACGGCACCCCGUUGCCCGACCCGGAUUCUCAGAAGUACCGACACCGUUCAGUGAGGAAGUAUCGACUGGCGCCUACCAUUGGUACCUGAGACGGCGUUAG